AUGGAAUCUUGGCGGGUGGAAUGUCCCAGGCUUUUAAAAUGGCCCACAGGACCCAAAUGUCAUAUCGAGAAAAAGACUUUGUCCGAGAAACGUACACAGCAAGGCUUGUACGCCGCUCGGACCAAACCAGCUGCGUACACGGACUUUGUACCCCUGUGGAAGGAGGAAGGAAGAGCACCCCGCGCACGUCCAUCUCGGGUCGGUCCUGUGCGGAGGCUUCCUGAAAUGUAUCACUGCAAGGCGGUCGCUUACAACUUGAGUAGCUGCGGCUGGAAGGUGGAGAAGAAGGAGCAGAUGUUUGCCACUACAACGGCUCCGCACUGGCUUGUUCGAAGAGUAGCAACAACAAGUAUUGGGCCGAAUGUGAAGAGUAGUAAGCUGCUAUGCGGGAAGAAGAACGAGCAGAUGGUUGCCAGUACCACGGCUCCGGCCCCGCUUGUCCGAAGUGUGAAGAGUAGUAAGCUGCUAUGUGGGAAGAAGAACGAGCAGAUGGUUGCCAGUACCACGGUUCCGCCCCCCCUUGUCCGAAGUGUGAAGAAUGUAACAGCGACAAGUACCGGACCGGGAUUCAAAGUCAAUGCAUGGGGCUUGCUCCUGGGGACGUUUUUGCUCUUGCACCCAGCAAACCGUGCUGGAGCUCUGGACAUCGAGACUGCUCAAAAAACAUGGAAAUGUCUUCUGAGUGGAUGCAGAUCCGAGCUGGUUCGAUGCGUGGGAGAUCCUUCAUGCGCUGCCAAUUUAGUUUGUCUGGAAACUUGCAGUCCAGGAGACUUGAAUUGCCAAGUCAGAUGCGGAGACAUUUUCCAGAACAAGGUCGUAGAGGAAUUCAACACAUGCCUCCUGAGCAAAAAAAAGUGCAUCCCUCAAAGUGCCAACGACGGCUCCUACCCUAAACCUCCAGACUGCGCUCUGGUGGAAAAGUUCAACACCCAAGACUUCACAGGCACAUGGUAUAUUACCAGCGGUCUCAACCCCCUGUUCGAUCUCUACGAUUGCCAAGUUCAUGAGUUCUCGGCCAGUCCCCACAAGCUCACCGGAAAACUGACGUGGAGGGUGACCACCCCCGACGGCGGCUUCAUCACACGCAACGCAAUACAAAAUUUCGUGCAAAGUAAUCCCAAACGCCCGGGUGUCCUCUCCAAUCAUGAUAACGAGUACCUCAAUUACAAAGACGAUUGGUUCAUCGUCUCUGCCCGGCUCAACAAGCAACCUGACGACUACAUGUUCGUGUACUACAAUGGGUCCAACGAUGCAUGGGACGGCUAUGGUGGAGCUGUCGUCUACACACGGAGUUCAAGCCUCCCCAAGUCCAUUUUCCCCGAGCUGCGGCUUGCUGCUGCUAAAGUCGGCUUGGAUUUUGACAACUUCAAGACGACUGACAACAGUUGCGGUCCGCAGCCAUCUGUGUUUGCUAGAGUCCACAAGAAAUUGUUCGAAGGAGAGAGAGCUGUUGCUAUAAGCCGUAAUAGUUCUAGCUAGUCAUUUAUCCUCUGUGUGUUUCUACGAGAAACAUAAAAGAUUUAAAACGUGUAAUAAAUAAAUAUGAGAAAGAA